AUGAACCCUCUUAAAUGUGCAUUCAGAGUAUCGGCUGGAAACUUCUUGGGUUUCUUGGUUCACCAGCGGGGAGUAGAGAUAGAUAAAAACAAGGCCAAGAGACUAAUCGGUCAAAUAAAUUUCCGAAGACGAUUCAUAGCAAACACAGCAGGCCGACUUCGCAGUUGGAGUGUUCUACUACGGGGAAAAGAGACCGAUCAAUGGAUAUGGACGGACGAGCAGCAGAAGGUGUUCGACGAUUUAAAGGAGUACUUGGCCAAACCUCCGGUCAUGACCCCUCCAAAGCCGAAUAAGCCACUGUUGUUGUAUUUAUCGGCUGCACAUGAGUCCCUGGGGUGUAUGCUCGCCCAAGAGGAUAACAGGGUCGAAAGAGCGGUCUACUAUCUGAGCCGUGGGCUGACCGAUACGGAGAUUCGCUAUACCGACAUAGAAAAGAUGUGCUUGUGUCUGUACUUCAAGUGCUGCAAGCUACGGUAUUACAUGUUGCCAGUAGUAGUGUAUGUACUAUCCCAGACCGAUAUCAUUAAGUAUAUUCUGACAAAACCAUACUUAAGAAAUCGGAUUGGGAAGUGGGCGAUCGUUAUGUCUGAGUUUACAUUGGUGUACGUUCCUCAGAGAGCAGUAAAAGGACAAGUGUUGGCCGAUUUCCUGGCCGAUCAUCCUGGUAUCACCCUAAGAGAGGAAACAAUUAGUUGCUGCGACAUAGCCAUAUGGGAGAUGUGGUUCGAUGGGUCCAGGACUAGCCAGGGGGCAGGCGCCAGAGUACAUAUCGUCUCGUCCUUGGGGGCAUCUUACCAACUAUCGUUCAAACUCCAGUUUGAAUAUACCAACAACCAAGCAGAACACGAAGCCCUGAUAUUCGGUCUCGAAAUUUUGGCCGAACUGAGGGCAAAGGCAAUCAAUGUUAGAGGCGAUUCGUUGUUGGUCAUCAAACAAGUGAUUGGGGAGUUCAAGUGCGAGUCCGAGCUAUUGGUAAGGUAUUGUAACAAGGCAAAGCACCUGAUCCAAGGUUUUCAAGAUACAAAAUUAGAAUACACCGAGAGGGCCGAUAACGGUAUCGCGAAUGAUCUGGCUCAACACGGCAGUGGUUACAAGAUGAAUCUCCAGUUCGACACAAUCGAGAGAGAAAAAUCGAAUCUCCAUACUGGGGGCAUCACCAUCGACGAAAGGAAUUUUUCGGUCUACCAAUUGGAUAUCACCCAAGAUUGGAGGACCGAAAUCUUAAGAUGGUUUGAAAAACCAGUUCAGGCGAAUAGGAGACUAAGGACCUUGGCCCUAAACUACGUUGUCCUGGCGGGCGAAUUAUAUAAAAAGGGUUUUGAAGGGCUACUCUUCAGAUGCAUCGGACCAAAGGAAGCAAUGUUAGCAAUGACCGAAGUACAUGAAGGGAUAGCGGGCGCUCACCAGGCAGGCCCCAGAAUGAGAUGGUUGAUCCAUAAAUAUGGCUUCUAUUGA